AUUCAAGAUAAGGAAAGGAAACUUCACGCACUGACCCAACAAACAUCAAACUCCUCUCUUUUGCAUACGUAUCAGAAACGAUCAAGGGUUACACAUAGAAAAGGAAAAGGAAACAUCACGCACUUGCCUAACAAACGUCAAACUCCUCUAUUAGAUGGAGGGAAGAUCGAGGGCUGUGGCUCGCUCACGUUUUUGUGAAAGUUUUGCGUCGGUUUCUCUGAAUCGACUUGUUGAUUAGUGGAUUUUGCAGUUUUUGUCUGAAUCGAAUUUUGCGGUUUUCCUCUGCGUUAAUAGGUUGCAGUUUUCCUCUCCCUUUAAUAAAUCGACGUCUCUAUUUUGAAAACGAGGUCGAUUCUGCAGUUUUUCUCUGAAUCGACUUUUGCCCCUUAAUCAGACGUCGAUUUUGCAGUUUUCCUCAGUUUUCUUUUCUGCCUUAAUUAGAGGUAAUCUACGUCUCUAUUUUGCGAUUUUCCUCUAUUUUGCGAUUUUCGUCGGUAAUUGAGUGUGAGUUCUUAAUAUCUAUCUAAAUAAUAAGUGUCUAGUUGUUGUCACCGGCGCGUGUCUAGUUCUUAACAUUUGAAUGAAUAAGCAAGCAGCAUUCUAGAGUAAGUAGGUCGUCGGAUUAGGAUAUAGCUACUUUUAGGAGUGUUUUUUUUUGGGUAGAAAAAUGUACGAGUAAAAGGAUUGAUUGUGAAAUAUGUUCACCUGUAAAUGUCUCGGUGUUGGUUGAUAAAUAUUAGCUAAUUUUUCUCUAUGGCUUGUGAAUUAAUUAUGCACUUAAUUUUUUUUUUUUUUUGAGUUGAGUUGAUUUAUUUUUUUGAAAGCGUCUGCAGUAUCAAUCAUGAGUACCGUAUUUAGUGGUAUUAUUAAAAGAAAGAGGACAAGAAAAGGGAUUAAAGCAGUAGACCGUAUGCCAAACCUUCCCGAGCUCCCCGAAGAGAUCAUAUAUAAUAUCGUGGCACUCCUGCCUGUAGUAGAUGCUGCGAGGACGAGCAUGUUGUCGAGGAAUUGGAGAUAUAGGUGGACCGAAACUCCAAACCUUAUACUGGACAGGCGAUUUUCUGAACGAUUGAGCCUGAAAUACGGAUCAACGUUCCAGGAUGAAUACAUCGCGAUGGUGGAUUCAUUACUGUUUCAGCACCCUCGCCCCUGCAUCCAAAAAUUUGUUCUUGAAAUCCCGAAAUUGCCGACAACCCAUUUCUCCAUCAUCACCGACGACUGGCUGCUAACACUAGCCACCAACGGUUUGAGGGAACUGAAUCUUGAUAACUCCGCAAACGUUGCCGGGCGGUACCUCACCAUACACACCUGUUUCUUCUCAGAGUUUCCUGAACUUACACGUGCCACACUGACUAACUGCUGUUUCCGCACGCCGCUUAAAACCCAAGGCUCCUGCAACCUGACUCAUCUUACUCUAAACCAAGUUACCUUCCUGCCACCGUCAUGGCCCUCUGACGGCCGCUUCAUUCAUGCGCCUCAGCUUGCGGUUUUGGACUUGAGAGACUGCAAGGGUCUCCAUUGCUUGAGACUGCGCGCUCCCUCGCUGAGAAAGUUGAUUCUUUUUCGGAAUUGGCAACUUGAUUUGAGCUACUUUAUCAGGUGCAAGAAUCUAACAGAUGUCCGCAUUACUACUAGGCUCGCCGGAAUUCAACGUCUUAGACACGGUAAAUACGGUAGCAUCAAUUUGACGAUGCUCAUUCGCAGCUGGCCAAAGCUCACCCAACUUCAUCUGGAUGCAACUACACGCAAGAUAGUGAUGGUAUUCGUCCCAGGAGGUUUCCAAUCCGAAUUCAAAGAUUGAAGCAGUCCUCUACUUAGUAAGCAGUUGCUUCAUCUUGUGGAGGCCCGCCCGGUGAUUCAGUUAAUGUCAUGGGCUGUGUCUGAUCACUCUGUUGGGAAUCGGGGAAUGCAUGCGACUGCUAUUAUUGAUUUCAUCUCAAAGAGGAGCAUCGCCUGAAGCGCCAAGUGAUUCUCGAACCAUUGAUUUAAACUUGCAUUAUUGUCUAGACGACUAUUUGUUUCUUUCUCUCAAAUGUUGGUUGGUUGAGUAGACCACUUCGACUUCAUCCUACGUGCGAUAGCUAUCUGCAUUCCUUAACUCCUCAUCCCUCUUUGUUCUCUUGGUAUAACAUUAUAAUCCCCAAAA